UGUGUUCUGUUUCGUCUGUUCAACAAUAAUUUUGUUUACAAAUUAAAUUGAUAAGGAUAAUAACAAUGAAGUACUCCAUUCCCGAAAUAUCUUGGCACAACCGGGAUCCCGUUCUUAGCGUUGAUUUCCAACCAGUGUCAUCUCCAAAUGAUCCUCUACGCCUGGCCACAGGUGGCACGGAUUCUCAUGUUUUGAUCUGGUACCUGAGCCAGUCGGAGUCGGGGUCGGCGCACGUGGAGGUGGCGGCGGACCUCACGCGGCACCAGAAGGCGGUGAACGUGGUGCGCUGGGCGCCGAGCGGCCGCCUGCUCGCCUCGGGGGACGAUGAGGCCAUCAUCUUCAUCUGGAAGCAGAACGCCGAGAAGGAGCCCGCCCCGGCCAGCCUCGAGCAGGGAGAUGAGCAGUACAAGGAGUCGUGGAUUAUAUUGAAGACUCUACGAGGCCACAUGGAAGAUGUCCUUGACCUCAGCUGGAGCUCAGACUCGCUGCACCUGGCGUCCGGCUCUGUAGACAACAAGCUGUUGAUCUGGGAUGUGUCCCGCGGCCGCCACACCGCCAUACUCACUGACCACAAGGGGUUCGUGCAGGGAGUCUCCUGGGACCCAAAGGGACAGCUUAUUGCUACUACUAGCUCGGACAGAGUAUUCCGCACAUUCGACGUGUCCACCAAGAAGGUGACAUCGCGCAGCAGCAAGGCCAUCCUGCCUCUGCCCGCCGACCACCCACUGGCCAACACUACGCUGCGGCUGUUCCACGACGACACGCUGCAGACGUUCUACCGGCGCCUGCAGUGGAGCCCCGACGGGCUGCUCGUGGCCGUGCCCGCCGGCCGCCUGGAGCCCGAGCAGGGGAAGCUGGACGCCAAGCCGAUGAAUGCGGUGCAUGUUUAUACCAGAUACUCUUUGAAAGUGCCAGCCUGCAUCCUACCAUGCGACUCCGCAGCCCUAGUAGUCCGCUGGAGCCCGCGCGCUUACCGCCUGCGAGCCGCCGGCCCGCCGCCCGCCUUCCCGCUGCAGAAGCGGAUGCUGCUCGCGGUGGCCACGAAGGGCUCCGUGCUGGUGUAUGACACACAGCAGCGGACGCCCGUCGCGCUGAUUAGUAAUAUUCAUUAUACUAGAUUAACGGACCUGACGUGGUCCCGCGACGGGCGCACGCUGGUGGCGUCCAGCACGGACGGGUUCUGCUCCGUCAUCAGCUUCAGCGACCACGAGCUCGGCGAGGAACUGACUGAGGAGGAGGAGAUGGCACUCAACGCUACUAGCGCCCCUGAACCGAUGGAGACUGAUGAACCGGAAGCGACGACCGCCACGCCCAAACCCGAGCCAAUCAAAACGAAAGAGACCAAACCCACGGCAUCCAACAACACUCCCAAAAUAGACUCGUUCAUUAAAUUCAAGGCGCCGGACAGCAAGUCACCCAAGAAGGCUAAAAUAGAGAAAAAGGUAAAAACACCCGUUAAAAUAGAUGUUCUAGAGGAGGUUGCCAUGACUUCCUGGUCAGACAACUCCAGCAGCGAGUUUGUGAAGCCCAAGGAGACCAUAGAGUCCAUCGUUAUAGAAGACAGUGAAGAUAUCAAACUUGUUUACGAAGAAACAGAACAAAACAAAUCAUCCGAAAGUCAAUCUUCAGACAAAACGCCCGAGAACAAAUCCCCAGAAAGCAAGAAAGAUGAAGCGAGUAAACCGGAGGGCAAAAUGACGGAAUCUCCUAAAACUUCUAAAGCGGAAGGCAGUAAAGACAGUGGAAACUUCUUCAAACAAGCGAAAGUGACUGAUGUGAGCGAGUCUGCUAACAAGGUGGUCCCGAGCCCCAAGGCGCCGCGCCGCGUCAGCUUCGUCACACUGUCGAGUCCUAAGAAUUCUAAGAGGAAACUGUGAUACAAUAAUGGAUUUAGCGGAAUCUAUGUAAUGUAAUUUUAUAGUAACAGUAUUUUAUACACAUAUCUGACAAGGUGUAUCUGUCGCAGGCAUCUGGUUUAAUCUCCUGUUUCAUUGAACCGCUAGCCCGUUCAUUGGAUGACACUA